AUGGCUUCCACAGUCGGAAAGAGCAGAACAGGCACAAAUGCUACACCACUGGGCCAACGUCGUCUUCAAAGCCAUGGUGAAAGAGAUUUGGCAGUUGAUGACCCCAAAAAGUCUGCUUGGAAAGAGCAACCGAAGGUGAACCUCAUCAAACCGGAGAGAAUUCUUAAUGCAGAAAUAUUAGAAAGCGUAGGCGAUGGAGUCAAACGAGGACGAUCUGAAAGGCGUGAAUUACCUGAUGGCAGGAAACGCAAAAAGGCGAACCGCUGGGGAGCCGUCGACGAGAACAAGGUUGCUGGUCUGAUGGGACUUCCUACUGUCAUCCUUACCCCGAUGACAAGUGAGCAGCUAGAUGCCUACACUAUCCAUCUACGGGUUGAAGAGAUCACCCAGAAGCUCAAGAUCGGUGACAUCGUCCCAGACGAUGGUAACCGUUCGCUUUCUCCAGCGCCUACAUAUGAUAACCAAGGACGUCGUAUUAAUACGCGUGAAUAUCGCUACCGGAAGCGCCUGGAAGAUGAACGCCAUAAAUUAAUUCAAAAAGCUAACACAGUAUUUUCAAACUACCAUGCGCCUUCUGAUUAUCGUCGCCCAGCCAAGACUAUUGAGAAGAUCUAUGUGCCGGUCAACGAUUAUCCAGAAAUCAACUUUAUUGGGCUUCUUAUCGGUCCUCGUGGAAACACUCUUAAGAGAAUGGAAUCAGAGUCUGGGGCAAAGAUUGCUAUCCGCGGGAAGGGCUCUGUCAAGGAAGGGAAAGGGGCCAGCGAUAGAGCCACUGACUCUAAUCUUGACGAAGAUCUUCACUGCUUGAUUAUCGCCGACACCGAGGGCAAGAUUGAGUUGGCGAAGAAAGCUAUUCUUGAAGUUAUUGAAACGGCUGCUUCUAUCCCCGAAGGACAAAAUGCUCUUAAAAGAAAUCAACUUCGUGAAUUAGCUUCCUUGAACGGGACUCUUAGAGAUGACGAAAAUCAAGCAUGUCAAAAUUGUGGUGGUCUCGGCCAUCGUAAAUACGAAUGUCCCGAGAAACGCAAUGUCACCUCCAACGUUAUUUGCAGAAUUUGCGGGAAUGCGGGGCACAUGGCAAGAGACUGUCGUGAUCGCCAGAAGGGAUCUGAUUGGAGAAACACCGAUUCAUUUGCGCCUCAGGCAGAUGCGGUGGAGCGUGAAUAUGAUCAACUCAUGCUUGAGCUUUCAGGCGAUAAUCCCCAUCAAGGCGCAACUGGCCCUCCCGCUCGGCAGAAUCUCAUCGAGAAUGGGCAAAAUCAAGCUGUUGACGACAGGAGACCAUGGGAACGAGGACCCACGGGUGGACCUGCACCGUGGCUCAAUCCCAAUAACAACUCUGGUGUACGCCCGCCAAGAACUGAGAAUCACGAUGGCUAUAAGAACGAUAGUAGAGAUGCUUUUAGAACUCUGCCGACUGGGCCAAGCAGACCCGUUGGUGCUCCAUGGCAGAAACAGCAGCAGCAGUACGGGCAUGCUCAAAAUGCGAGCGAAAAUCCAGACAGUGGACUAUCUCUUCAGUCCUACUCCGGCAAUCCUACAAGACCAACCCCUUGGCAAAGAGGUCAUGGAGGUCAUUCGUACGAGAACACUCAGGGAUUCUCCGCUCAGGGAGGGCAGUUUAUGCAUGAUCGGAACCAGGAAUACUAUCAUAGUCAGCCUAAUCCACAGUACCAACAGCUAUUUGAGUACAAUACCAAUAAAUAUUCAUCUGGGAGUCCAUAUGAAUACAUGAAACACCAACAAACACAGGGGGAUAUGUUACAAAACCAGCAACAAUUUCAUCAAUCAUAUUACAGGCAAAACCACAGCACCAACUAUCACCCCGAUAGUGCCAAUUCUCACAAUCAUGCUCGACCUUUGCUUCAGUCUGUUGGGGACUCUGUUCCGCCUCCGCCUCCGCCGUCGCCUCCACCUCCACCUCCACCUCCACCACCUCCGCCACCACCGCCACCACCUCCACCUCCUCCACCUCCAUCCACCUUCCGUCGCUAA